AUGGGGAAGACCACACUGGCCAAGUUGGUGUACAAUGAUGAUAGGAUAAAACAUCACUUUCAAUUGAGAAUGUGGGUUUACAUAUCGGAAAAGUUCUAUCUAAAGCAGAUCCUGCAAAAGAUUCUCGUGCCGGCUGCUCAAGAGAACGUUACGCUUGCCCAGUCAACAGCCAUUCAGAGCAUACAUCUUAUGGGAGUCGAGCAGUUGCAGGCGAACCUGCAACAAAUCAUAAAAGAUAAGAAGUUCGUACUCGUGUUAGAUUAUGUGUGGAACGAAAACCGUCUCCGAUGGAAUGAGUUGAGAGAUCUUCUCAUAGGUGGUGCUAAAGGUAGCAGCAUAAUCGUGACAUCGCGUAGCUCGAAGGCUGCAUCCACGGGGGGCACAUGUUAUGAGCACAAGUUAAGAGGGCUCUCACCUAGCAACUGUAUGUCCUUAUUCAAGAAAUCAUUCGAGGAUGGGCCCAUUAGUGUAACAAAUGCUGAGCUCCAAAUUAUAGCGUGCCAAAUCGUGUCAAAUGCGGCGGUGUGCCACUCGUGGUUAAAGCUCUGGGAGGAUUGCUCUCUAAUACUGAGUGGCUCAAACAACCCACUGGCACAUGUGCCACCAUUCUUGAACCAGCAAACGAGCUUGGAAACACUUCUUUCCCAUUCAAGCGUAUUAUGGAUUUCAGGGGAGGUUCUGGAAGCAUGUAUCUCUAAUUGUAAGUACCUGCGACAACUAGACUUGCGGAAGUCCAUUUUCGAGGUCUUGCCCAGUUCCAUCAACACCUUAAAGCAUUUGAGGUAUCUAGACAUAAGUGACAAUCUCAAAAUCAAGACAUUACCGCAAUCAGUUUGCAACCUGCAGAGCCUGGAAGUGUUAGGGCCUCAUGGAUGUCGGAGCCUUGAAGAACUGCCAAGAGAUAUGUGGAAGCUAAUCAGCCUGCGGAUGUUGUCAAUAACCACGAAGCAGAAGAGCCUAAAGAAUACGGGACUAGAUCGCUUGAGGUUAAGACGUCUAGAAAUAGUGGAAUGCCAUAAUCUAGAAUCUUUGUUCGAAGGGAUGAAUAUGGAAGGCCUCACUGCUCUUGAAUACUUGAACAUCCGUAAUUGCACGAAUCUGUCAUCCAUUCCCACGGAUAGUUUAAAGUUUCAGACCUCCCUGGAGGUUCUACAACUUUUUAGCUGCAAAAAGCUUGAUCUGUACAUGGCGGAGGAAGAGAUCUUCCCCUCGUGCCUACAGGCUACAGACAUUGAUCAUUUUUGGGUUGCCGAGAAUGCUAACCUCACCGGAAUGGUUCCAAGGAGCUGCUAG